AUGGCAGGCAAAAAAGGUGAGGCCAAGAAGACAGCGAAAGCAAUCCGCAAAGGAGACAAACAACAAAAGCACAAGAGGGUAACAAGCGUGAGGUUCAGAAGACCAGACACCAAAGUUGUAUCACGAACCCCUAAAUACGCCCGCAAGAGUCUUCCAGGCAAGACAAGACUGGACAAGUUCUCAACCAUCACAAUGCCACUCGCCACUGAAAAGGCCUUAAAGACAAUUGAGGAUCACAAUACUUUGGUUUUCUUAGCUCAUCCUAUGGCUAAUAAGAAGCAAAUUAAGGAUGCAGCAGAGAAACUUUAUAACAUCAAGGUUGCCAAAGUCAACACUUUAAUCAGGCCUGACGGGAAGAAAAAAGCUUUCAUUAAAGUGUCACCUGAAUACGAAGGCCUUGAUAUCGCAAACAAGAUAGGCAUUAUCUAA